GCGGCUGCGGAGGCGCAGGCAGCAGCUGAGGCGGCGGCGGGCUGAGGUGCAGCCGCUGAAAAUUAAAGUGAAAAUGCCGUUGGCAGUCUUUUGCUGCUUGACUUCAACACAGUAGAGAAUGCUAUAAUGAAAAUGUGGCUGAGUUUUUAAUAUUCUGGAAUUUCAUGACCACCAGCACCUCUUGGUUAUGCAGCCAAGAUAAUUAAGGAAGCCAAAGCUGUGUGUAUUUGUGGAUCAGACAAGUGCAGCAAGUUAAUAUCAUUGGCUUCUGAAGGGGAGAGUGAGGUGAUGGCUGCCUUUAAGUUGGAUUUCCUUCCAGAAAUGAUGGUGGAUCAUUGCUCUUUGAAUUCCAGUCCCGUCUCAAAGAAAAUGAACGGCACCCUGGACCACCCAGAUCAACCGGAUCUUGAUGCUAUCAAGAUGUUUGUGGGCCAGGUUCCAAGGACCUGGUCUGAGAAGGACUUGAGGGAACUGUUUGAACAGUAUGGUGCUGUCUAUGAAAUCAAUGUCCUAAGGGAUAGGAGCCAAAACCCUCCACAGAGCAAAGGGUGCUGUUUUGUUACGUUUUACACCCGAAAAGCUGCAUUAGAAGCUCAGAACGCUCUUCACAACAUGAAGGUCCUCCCAGGGAUGCAUCAUCCUAUACAGAUGAAGCCUGCCGACAGCGAGAAGAACAAUGCAGUGGAAGACAGGAAGCUGUUUAUCGGCAUGAUCUCCAAGAAGUGCACCGAGAACGACAUCCGAGUCAUGUUCUCCUCGUUCGGGCAGAUUGAGGAGUGCCGGAUACUGAGGGGGCCCGACGGGCUGAGCCGAGGUUGUGCAUUUGUGACUUUCACAACAAGAGCCAUGGCACAGACAGCUAUCAAGGCAAUGCAUCAAGCACAGACCAUGGAGGGUUGCUCCUCCCCCAUGGUGGUAAAAUUUGCUGAUACACAGAAGGACAAAGAACAGAAGAGAAUGGCCCAGCAACUCCAGCAGCAGAUGCAGCAAAUCAGCGCGGCAUCUGUGUGGGGAAACCUUGCUGGUCUAAAUACUCUUGGACCCCAGUAUUUAGCACUUUAUUUGCAGCUCCUUCAGCAGACUGCCUCCUCUGGGAACCUCAACACCCUGAGCAGCCUCCACCCGAUGGGAGGGUUAAAUGCAAUGCAGUUGCAGAACCUGGCUGCCCUAGCCGCUGCUGCGAGUGCCGCUCAGAACACACCCAGCGGCACCAGUGCCCUCACCACGUCCAGCAGUCCUCUCAGCGUUCUCACCAGUUCAGCAGGGUCCUCACCCAGCUCCAGCAGCAGCAGCUCCGUCAACCCCAUCGCCUCCCUCGGAGCCCUGCAGACACUGGCCGGAGCCACGGCAGGCCUCAACGUCAGCUCUUUGGCAGGUGAGGGCCAGUCCCUGGAUGCCAUCCGGUCGCUCUGUGCAGGGAUGGCUGCUUUAAAUGGUGGACUGGGCAGCAGCGGCCUCUCCAACGGCUCCGGGAGCACCGUGGAGGCGCUCACACAGGCCUACUCGGGGAUCCAGCAGUACGCGGCCGCAGCGCUCCCCACCCUGUACAACCAGAGCCUGUUGGCGCAGCAGAGUAUCGGUGCCGCUGGGAGCCAGAAGGAAGGUCCAGAAGGAGCCAAUCUGUUCAUCUACCACCUGCCCCAGGAGUUCGGAGACCAGGACCUGCUGCAGAUGUUUAUGCCCUUUGGGAAUGUCGUGUCUGCCAAGGUUUUUAUAGACAAGCAGACAAACCUGAGCAAGUGUUUCGGUUUUGUAAGUUACGACAAUCCUGUCUCGGCUCAAGCUGCCAUCCAGUCCAUGAACGGCUUUCAGAUCGGCAUGAAGCGGCUUAAAGUGCAGCUCAAACGUUCGAAGAAUGACAGCAAGCCCUACUGAGCGUGCCCCCCUCUUGGGACUGGAGUGAGAGGGUCUUCUGCCACAGCGUGCCCUGAAGACUCGGCUGCUGCCUUCUGUGGGGAUUGCGCUUCGUUCAGAGGACAAGUUUGUGCUUUGGUUUCCAGUGUUUUACUUUGGAGUUUAGGUGCCAUAUCCUGAGUUGUUUUUUUUUUUUUUUCCUUUAUUUAAAAGUUUGCUGUGUUUGUAACCAGUGUGUGUUGAGAAGGACCAACAUCAAACUGCCCUGGGGGAGGAGGGGAAAUGGAGAAACAUUAAAAAAGAGGAUCAGAAUUUGCCCCAAACUAUCCCAAGAGAGAGGACGAAGUUAGACGGAAGUGGACCCCCAGAAUCUUCCUGAGCACGAGAGUGGGUGACGUGAGAACUGAUAACCAAGAGCUUUUGGGGGGCAGAGCAGGUGGGAUUGGCUUUGGAGAGGGAGAGUGACUUGGAACCCGGCAGCCCUGGGAGCUGGAGGCUGAAACUCCUCUGUAGCCGCUUUCGGUGGAAAGUCUGCGUUCUUGCCAGCGAUUAUUUAGAUUCUCAUCUAGGAUUUCUGCCCCUCUUUCCUAAGGAGGGGCUGACAAGUCUCUGGAAAUAAAGCACCUAUUAAAUUAGCCUGACAUGCAAAAAGCAGGAAUUUGUCAUCCGUUACCCAGCCAGCCAGUGCUGUUGGAUUGGCCCUUCCUUCCUGGCUGGUGGCUCUUAGGAAGAAGAAGCCAGUCAGAGAGGUUGUGUUUCGUUUAUUUCAACACCGGACCCUUAGACCAUGGCCCAUGUCUACCAGGUCCCUUUAAAGGUGGCCUCUCGGGAAGCCACUGUCAGGCUUCCUUUUUUGUAAUUGACCACAGCAAGGAAUGUCACUUCCACCCCAACCACCGUUUUCCCGUGAGGGUAGACCCAAGAAGGGCUUAUGGUAUCUGGCAGAAGGGAGCACCUCUCCUGAGCAGAGUAAUCAAAAGCCGUCGAGUUGGGGGAAGAAGAGCCUGCUUCUCAGUGUACCUGAAUCCUAGGGUCCCUUUGAGCUGGUGCUGCAUUUCCUGGCGGCCAGCACUCAGUACUUAAAAGGAUUAAGCAGUUUGUGUUUGCCUCCUUGGUUGAGACAGCCCGGGCGUGGCGUCUGAGUGGAGGCAGGCCCCUCUUCUAACCGCUCCAGCCCUGUGCUCUGCUCUUGGUGACAGAGGAGACGGCAGGACGUUUACAGCCUCCCUCCGUGUGGGUUUAGUGUUCAUUUACCUCAGUAUUACCGUGUUCAUUUCUGUCCUCCUGCUCACAGUCAGCUCCCUGCUGCCUCCCACAGGCCUCACUCUUGCCUGUGACCCACACAGCCUCGGGGCUCUGCCUCUGCUCCAAGAAGCGCUGUUAGUGGGGAGGCCCGGGAAGGACCUGCUGUCGGGAAUGUGUCCCUGGGCAGAAGUGGCCCUGUCAGGAUAUGACCCUUAGCCAAGGCCAGGGACCGAGUGCCUGGGGUCCUCAGCCUCGCAGACGUCAGCCCUGCCCCCUAGCGGCAGAGGCGCGAUCGCAGGGGUUGGUUUGCUGUCGGUCAGACGGGAGCGCUCUCCUUGUCACGCUGUCCUCGGGCCUCAGACAGGCAUUGACCGUCUUGCUGUUGUGCAGAUAGUUGGUGGUGGUGGAUUAUCCCAUUGAAGCUGGGACAGCUGUUCCCUUCUCAUAGUGAUAACUUGGGUCUGUUGUCCUCUAAGAAACAUGAAACAUACUUCUUAAGCUGAACCACGUAAACUUGAAUUCCUCGCACUGGGAGAAAUGUGUCCUGUGUUUCAAGGAUAAAACUGUUCCAAAGGCUUCCAGGGUCAUGAUGGGAUUUUUUAAAUAAAUGCAAAAAAUAAAAAUAAAAAAAAAGAAAACAAAAAAAGAAAAAAAUGCUAGGUUGGGGAGGCGCCGUUCUGAAUCCCAACCGGCUGGAACCAAGAAUGUCGUUUCUAUUUUUAUAGAAGUUUUAUACAGCUCCGGGGUGGAGAAUAUUUAUUACCUAAAUUAUAUCUCUGGAAAAGGCCAGGAUUUUGUAGAAUCCAGAAUGUGAUUGUUGUACACGCAGGGUGCUGUGUAUGAUUGAAACUACUGACUUUCUGUGGCCGUCUGCAGCCCAGCUAACCUGCCCGCGGGGGAGGAGUAAAGCUGUGAAUUGGCGGAGGAGAGAGCUGUGCUCCCCAGGCUGCUGCCGGUGCUGUGACCGCUCGCCUUCUGUUCUGUCUUCCUCCUUGGCCCGCGUGGGGUUUUCCAAAGCCCGGAGCUCCACUCUGCGCCCACCUUUUCCCUUUCCCUCCCUCCUCCCCCAUUUCACUGUUAAUUGCAUACCUGUUUGUCCUGGGCUCCAGGGACCCCUUCGCUGUUGGCAUGAAAGUUAAAGGUGUAAUCAGCCUGCCUCUGAUACCAGACCCUGAGGUUUCUAUACCUGAUGUGGGUUCUUUCCAAAAGGGGUGUGCACCUCGGUGCAGCCGGGGAGCCCAGGCGCUUCUCCCCCGCGAAUUCCCACAGCAGUGCUGCCCUCGAGCACAGUUCUCUCCCCAGGCCAAAGAUGGUGGUGUGUAGAAGCUGCUCCCCCUACAAGUCUCACGGCGUCAAAGGGUUCAGCUCGGAGAGGGGGGACUCGCAGUCAAGUCUUAAGCAAUCCUUUUCUGUUGUGUGGGGGUUUCACUUACAUAAAUGUGUUUUCUGCUGUAGUUUUGUUUCUUCCUUGGGUUUCAUCAUGAAAUUGAUUUGCCUUGAAUGCAGCCAGACACUGUCUCCUGGGUCCCACAGGAGUGGCCAGGGCCCGCGUGGAAGCUAAGAGCUUGGAUUUCCGGCAACAGAGGGCCAUCCCCAUGGGAAGGGGGAGAAAUUCUGGCCCUCUCCCCCAAAGAAUUCUACCCGCCCCAGCCGGCAGCUCCAGCUGCCUCCCUGAGUCUGGACCAGGAGUGGGACGGGAGGCUGAGGCUCUGCUCCGCCGGAGAGCUGCUUUUCGGAUGUGUUUGGGCGCUUCUGGGGAAAUCCAAGCCUUAGGUUCCCUCUGUCUCUGGCAGUUGGAUGUUUUCCUGGUGUCCUCCAUGUCCUUUUUGCCUUUCCCCUGUGUCCAUUGUUAGCAUGUGCGAAAGUCGCGUCAUUGCCCAGCCCUCCCUGCCCGCCUCCGCAUUUCAGGGCUGCACACAGUGAGUGUUCUGUUCUCUCUCUCUGUUUGGAUGUAUUGCUCUGUGUAACUCAGUGGGUCUCCCUCUUUCUGGUUUGUUUUUUUUUCUAGAUUCCUGCCGUUUGUUCAUCGUUGUGCCUAAAGCAUGUCGAUGUGGCGUCAAGUACAUCGUCCAAAUCCCUGUCUCUUCAGCUUCUCUGAUGCUUGAACUCUCACCUUUGACCUUGUGUUGACCUUUGAUGCUGAUGUGUAUUUUUAUUAUGUUUGUUUCUUUCUUUGUUUUUUCUUUUUUCUUUCCUUUUUUUUUUCUUUUGUGCUGCCAAAUUGGUUUUGCUAGAACGACUGCUGAAGGGGAAAUAUUUAAACUUGCAUUUGAAUAUAAAAAAAUCUAUUUUUCUAGAACUUCAUAAGAUAACCACUUGAUUUUGUGAUUCCAAUCCUUUGUAAUUGUCUUCAGAGCAGCCCUACUAGCACAUACCGCGUGGUGUUUGUAUUUCUGUGGACACACAGCCAGUCCGUUCCUAGGCUUCGUUUCUCUGUGUGCGUAGUUUUAAAGACAACUUUGGAGUAAACAAUGAAAUAAAAGAUGUCGCUAAAACCUU